UGCUGGGGCAGUGGGUGUGUGGGGCAGGGGACGCUGGGCUGCAGGCAGUGUGCUGCUGGGAAAGCUUUCCUGUGCUGUCAGGGAUGAAGGGGACACCCUGGGUGAGCUUUGCAGGUGGUGCUGCGUACUCCCUGGCUGGAAGUGCUGCAGAUCUGAGGCUUCUGAGGGGAUAGUGAGAGGUGGCAGUGGCUCUGCACAGCAGGGAUAUCAGGGCAGGGACCUGACGGAGUCCAGAACCCUGAGAAGCCCCAGGGUGGGGGGGACACUCUCAUGCCAGGCAUGGCUGGGAUGCCCCAACUUCACAGGGGAACCAGACCAUGAGAAGGGGGAGCUGGGGAGGGCAGGCUCGGCUGGGCAAAAUGUGGCAUCUGCAGGGCAGCCAGGAGCCUGAUGAGGUCCUGGGGUCGUGAAAUAGGGAUGGCAAGAGGCCCCAGUGCUGCCUGGGGCUGUGGAAGGCUGAGCCAGCGUCAGGGUGAGAUGGAAGAGGUGAGGAAGAGCCAGGACAGCUGGAGACCCCAGAGCACCUCCAGGAGAUGCAUCCCGUGCUGCCCUUUGGACUGGAUGGCUGCUGGAUGGCUUCUGGGGCAGGACUUGCAGGAAGGACACAUGCUGUGAGGGGACCCAGUGCAUCAUGGCCUGUGGGGACAGUGCCAGGUGUCCCCUACCCAACAGCCCUGCCUGCCCAGGGGGUGGUGGGCAGCCUCUCCACCCCCACCACCCCUCCUGCCUCCCAGCAUCCCAUACAGUGUGGCCUGAGUGGCACAUUCCAUCCUGUGCAGCACCCAGUGCGGCACAUCCCACCCCAUGCAGCAUGUCCUGCAUAGCGUGUCUCAUCCCACUGCAGCCUGGUGUCCCACCCUACACCAUGCGUGCCAGACUGUGCACCCCGCCAUGCACCCCACACAGCGUAUUGCCUCCUGCUGCCAUCUGACACGGCAUGGAGGCACGGCUGGGUUUGCAGCACACCAGGACUCACUCGGAGAGACAGUGGGACUCGGAGGUGGAGCACUGCCUGCCUGCUCUGGGCUGGGGGUCUGUCCCAUCAGGCUGCUAUACAUAGGCCAGCCCCAUGCUGGCGGGGUGCUGAAUGGAGCAGGCUCAGUCUUAUCAACCCAGUGUGUCAUCAGAGGGUAUUUUUGGGGACAGCAGCUGCAGGCAUUUGUAACGUUUGGUCCCUGCAUGCUGACACCCAGGAACAGAGCUGGGGGAAGCAGCGGGAGCUGGUGCUGGUAGUGGGAGACACUGAAGAGAGGCAGCAGAGUGAGCCUGAGCCCCCACCCUGGUCGGUCUGUGAAUCCUCCCAGGCUGAUGAUCCCCACUGCUGCUUCAACCAGCUCCCUGCCCUGACCCCAAGGCAGUGGUGAUGGAGGGGUUUGGGGGAGCCCCCAGGUUCCUGGCCUAUCCACGUGCAUUCACGGUGCAAAGUGGUGCCAACGCAGUCCUGAGCUGCCAGAUCACAGGUGACCCCCAGCCAAGCAUCCUCUGGGAGAAAGACAAGAACCCAAUCGAGCCCUCAGGCCAUUUCCACAUGGAGGCCAAGGGAAACCUGUACAGCCUGCUGGUGUCCCAUGCCACCCCCCAGGACAGUGGGCUCUAUGUCUGCAAGGCCAGGAACAGUGUUGGAGAGACCUAUGCUGCUGCCACUCUCAAAGUGAAGGCGGGAGAGCUCCAGGAGGAGGAUCGAUGCUCAGGUGAUGAGGCACCUGCCUUCCUUGUCACCCCCUCAUCCACUCGGGUGUGCCGUGGGGAGGAUGUGAUGUUCACCUGCCGGGUGUCUGGGCAGCCCUGCCCGGUGCUGGAGUGGGAGAAGGACGGGCACAAGCUGUCUGACCUCUUUGAGAGCAGCCACUUCGCAGUGGGGCAGGAGCCAGAGGACUGGCACUUCCUCAGGCUGUUUGGUGCCCGGCCACCAGAUGCGGGGGUGUAUGUUUGCAGGGCACGCAGCGGCUCCCAGGAGGCCCUGGCUGCUGCCGUGCUCCUGGUUGAACCCCGAGCACCGCCUGAUGGGCUCCCCAAUGGCUCCCCCACUGACGGGCCCCAGCUGGUGGUGGAGCGGCAGCAGCGGAGGCGGCGGCGGCACACAGCUGGGCAGCGUGAGGGACCAGAGUCAUGGGUGCCCAACGGUGUGGUGCCAGCCAGAGAGCCAGGGGCCAAGACGUUUGCUGUGAGCGCAGGGAAGCAUGCCAAGUUUCGCUGCUAUGUCACCGGCAAACCCAAGCCAGAGAUCAUCUGGCAGAAAGAUGGGGAGCCCCUCACCCCCAGCCGCAGGCACCUUGUCUACGAGGACCGAGAAGGCUACUUCAUCCUCAAGGUGCUGUACUGCAAACCCCAGGACCAGGGUCUGUACGUCUGCACCGCAUCCAACACUGCUGGCCAAACCCUCAGUGCAGUGCAGCUCCAGGUGAAAGAGCACCGGCUGCGGUUCCAGGUGCAGCUGGCAGAUGUGGAGGUGGCGGAGCGGGAGGAUGCCGUGCUGGAGUGCCAGGUGCCGCUGGAGACCAUCCCCACUGCCUGGUACCUGGAGGACAGGGAGCUGCAUCCCAGCCACAAGUACGUGAUGGAGGAGCGAGGUGUGCUGCGGCGCCUGACCAUCCGUGACGUCCGCACCGAUGAUGAUGGCAUCUAUCUCUGCCAGAUGAAGGACAAAGGGCGCAGCAUUGCUGAGGUCUCCGUUCGAGGGGUGAUUACGAAGCGGCUGCCACGGAAGCUGGAUGUGAUGGAGGGGGAGAACGCAGUUUUCUGCGUGGAGACACGGGAGGCAUUGGAGGGGAUCUGCUGGAGCCAGGAUGGGCUGCAACUGCGGGAAUCACCCCGCAUCGUGCUGAAGAGCUUUGGCAGGAUGCACCUCCUGGUGCUGGUGCAUGUGACCCGCCAGGAUGCAGGCACCAUUUCCUUCACUGUCGGGGAGUCGCAGACGUCCUCCCAGCUCCGAGUGAAGUGUGUGAAGCAUGACCCCCCAAGCGCACCGGUGGCAGCCAAGAUGAGCGUGGCAGAGAGCAACGUGGCCCUGCUGACAUGGUGCCCCGCGCCCGAUGCCCACCACCGCCCCCCCAGCCGCUACCUGCUGGAGCGACGGGAGGCGGCAGGGGGCGAGUGGGUGCAGUGCCUUGCCACUGACCUGCCCGGCCGGGUGCGGGUGCUGGGCGACAGCGUGCCCCGUGAGGCCGACUACUGCUUCCGCGUCUGCGCCACCAACGAGCACGGCAGGAGCAGCCCUGUGGAGUUCCCCGGCUCUGUGCAUCUGGCCCCGGUAGCUCGCCUGGAGAGAGGGCUGCAGGAUGCGUGGGUGCGGGAUGGUGAGGAUGCGCAGUUCUCCCUGGAGCUGUCGGUCGCGGUGCACGGUGCCUGGUUCCUGAACGGCGCUAGGCUGGGCCAGGAGGAGGAGGAGGCAGGAGGCCGGUGCAGUGUGCGGUGCCACGGGACAGAGCACUCACUGCUGAUCCGGGGAGCACGGCUGGCUGACAGUGGGACACAGGUCACCUUCAUGUCCGGUGCUGUGCGGGACUCAGCCACCCUGCAUGUGCAAGCCCCACAGGUCCGCAUCGCCCCAGUACCUGAGGCCGAGCAGCUCCGGGAGGUGCCAGCGGGGCUACCUGUGUUGCUGGAGUGCCAGGUGUCCCCCGCAGACACCCCAGUCUGCUGGUUGAAGGAUGGCAAGGCCGUGCCUCUGGAUGACAUUAUUGCAGUGCAGGCAGAGGGCUGUGUGAGGAGGCUGCUCCUCCGCUCAGCCGGUCCCUCGGACACAGGCACGUACACCUGUGACGCUGGGGAUGAUGCCAUGAGCUUCACGGUGACCAUCACUGAGGCACCAGUGAGGAUCGUCAGCUCCAACGAGGAGGCUCCUCACACCUAUGUGGCUGGGCAGCGUGUGGAGCUGUGGUGCCAGCUGUCCCGCCCGGCAGCCCCAGUGCGCUGGUACAAGGAUGGGGAGGAGGUGGAGGCAGGAGAGGACCUGGUGCUGGAGCAGGAGGGGCCGCAGUGCCGGCUGGUGCUGCCCUGUGCCCGGCCGCAGGACACAGGGGAGUUUGUCUGUGACGCUGGCGGGGACUCUGUGUUCUACACCAUCACCGUGGCAGCAGAAGCACCGGUGAGGAUUGUCAGCUCCAAUGAGGAGGCUCCUCACACCUAUGUGGCCGGGCAGCGUGUGGAGCUGUGGUGCCAGCUGUCCCGCCCGGCAGCCCCAGUGUGCUGGUACAAGGAUGGGGAGGAGGUAGAGGCAGGAGAGAGCCUGGUGCUGGAGCAGGAGGGGCCGCGGUGCCGGCUGGUGCUGCCCUGUGCCCGGCCGCAGGACACAGGGGAGUUUGUCUGCGAUGCUGGCGGGGACUCUGUGUUCUACACCAUCACUGUGGCAGCCCCGCAGGUCCACAUUGCCCCAGUGCCUGAGGCAGAGCAGCUCAAGGAGGUGCUGGAAGGGCUGCCUGUGUCACUGGAGUGUCAGGUGACCCCACCAGAUGCCCCCACCUGCUGGCUGAAGGAUGGCAAGGCCAUGGUCCCAACUGAGGUCCAAGCCAUCCACUCAGAGGGAUGCUCGCGGAGGCUGCACAUUGCCACAGCCACCCUGUCUGACUCGGGGGUGUACACCUGUGAUGCCGGGGAUGAUGCCAUCAGCUUCAGGGUGACCGUGAGCGAGGCACCAGUGAGGAUCAUAGGCUCUAACGAGGCGGCUCCUCACACCUAUGUGGCCGGACAGCGUGUGGAGCUGUGGUGCCAGCUGUCCCGCCCGGCAGCCCCAGUGCGCUGGUACAAGGAUGGGGAGGAGGUGAAGGCAGGAGAGAGCCUGGUGCUGGAGCAGGAGGGGCCGCGGUGCCAGCUGGUGCUGCGCUGUGCCCGGCCGCAGGACACAGGGGAGUUCAUCUGUGACACUGGGGAUACAUCUGUCUCAUUCCAUGUCUCGGUGGCAGAGCCACCAGUGCGGAUCCUGCAGCCUCCACAGCGCUCGCUGGAGCUGCCAGUGCAGGCGCCGGGGUGCGUGGAGCUGCGUUGCGAGCUCUCUGUGCCAGGUGCUCCUGUACGCUGGUUCAAGGACGGGCUGGAGGUGGAUGAGACUGACAACCUGCUGCUGCUGGCAGAGGGUGCCUGGCGCUGCCUCCUCAUCCCCAGGAGCAGUGCUGAGGAUGCGGGCGAGUACAUCUGCGAAAGCAAGGAUGAGGCCGUCUCUUUUGAUGUCCAGGUGUCAGAGCCACCAGUGAGGAUCCUGCAGCCUCUCAGGCCUCCUCCCAUCGUGACGGUGUCCCCAGGGGAGACGGUGACACUGGACUGUGAGCUGUCCCAUGUGGAUGCACCUGUGUGCUGGUCCAAGGCGGGUGUCAGGCUGGAGGCUGGAGGCAGCCUGGUGUUAGAGGAGGAGGGUGCCCACCGCCGCCUGCUCAUUCCCAUGGCCAGAGCUGAAGACUCCGGAAAAUACAUCUGCGAUGCUGCAGAUGACACAAUUGCCUUCACCGUCCAAGUGCUGGAUCCGCUGGUCAGGAUCCUGGAGAAGGACAUCCUGCCGAUCCAACGGCAUUGCCAGUCCAUGGAGGACCUGGUGCUGGAGGUGCAGCUCUCACACGCUCACGGAGAGGUGAAGUGGUACAAGGAUGGGGAGAAGUUACAGGACACAGGGCACGUGCGGCUGGAGGAGGACGGGGCACGCCGCUCGCUCGUCAUCCUGGGCGCCACGGGCAGGGACAAAGGGGAGUAUCUCUGUGACACCGGCAACGACAGCAUCAUCUUCUUUGUCACUGUGGAAGUCCCAGAGCCACCGGUGACCAUCGUGGGCAGCACAGGUGCCAUGGAGCAUCGCUGUCUGGUGGCUGGGGAGGACCUGGUGCUGGCUUGUGAGCUCUCCCGGCCUGAUGCCACCGUGCGCUGGCUCCGGGAUGGCCAGGAGGUGCAGGCGGGUGAGCGGAUACAGAUGGAGGCCCACGGGGUGCGGCGGCAGCUCACCAUCCAUGGGGUGCAGUCUGGUGACUCGGGGUGCUACAUCUGCGAUGCUGCCAGUGACCGUAUGGUGACGAGCGUGGAGGUGUCGGCACAGAGCCCACUGGAGGUGCUGGAGGGGGACAGUGUGACGCUGGUGGCCCGGCUGUUCCCGGAGACAGCAGCAGCACAGUGGCAGAAAGACGGACAGAUGCUGUGUUCGGGUGGGCGGCUGCUGGUGUGCAGCGAGGGCCCCGCACGCAGCCUCACCAUCAAGCAAGUGGAGCUGGGUGACAGUGGCAUCUUCCUCUGCGAUGCUGGUGAUGAUGAGGUGCAUUUCACUCUGCACGUGAAAGAGGCACCUGUGCUGUUCGUGAACAAGAGGGAGGAGCUGGAGAAGCUGUUGGUGCUGGAGGGUGGCAGCACUGUGCUCUCCGCCAUCGUGUCCAUGGAGCGAGCUGAUGUCACCUGGCUGGGCCCACAGCAGGCGGUGGUGGCCAGUGAGCGCUGCGAGCUGCGGCGGGAUGGCCGCGUGCACAGCCUAGUCCUCCACAACGUAGCCAAGGAGGAUGCCGGCAUCUACACCUGCCUCUCCUCCAACGACCAGAUGCAGUUCGACGUGAGCGUCCGAGAGCUGCAGGUGAAGUUCCUGCGCGGGUUGUCGGAUGUGCGUGCGCGGCAGGGUGAGCGGGUGGUGCUGUGGUGUGAGCUCUGCAAGGCACGGGGCGACGUGCUGUGGCGGAAGGAUGGGCAGGCACUGGUGCCCGGCCCACGCUGGCAGAUGAUGGCGGAGGGGCGAGAGCGUUCAUUGGUCCUGAGCCGCGUGGAGCCUGAGGAUGCCGGCGAGUACUGCUGCGAGUCCAACGAUGACCGGACGCUGGCAACGCUGACAGUGCAGGUCCCCAGGGUAGUGGAGAUCAUCACAGAGCUGAAGAGCCUGACAGUGCUGGAGGGGGAGGAUGCCACCUUCAAGUGCCUGGUGUCACCAGAGGAUGUGGCCGUGACCUGGCAGCUGAACGGCCAGCCUGUGUUUCCCGGCGAGCGGCUGCUGGUGACGAGGAGUGGGCUGUGCCACAGCCUCACCCUCCGGCAGUGCCAGCCGGCUGAUGCGGGCACUGUGACGGCCAACGCUGAAGGGCUGGUGAGCAUGGCUCGGCUGAGCGUGCAAGAGGCACAGGUGCUGUUCGUACAGAAGCUGCGAGACGUGGUGGCAGAGGAGCAGGGGGACGUGUGCCUGGAGGUGGAGGUGAGCCACGAGGCUGCCGAGGUGCAGUGGCUGAAGCAGGGUGUCCUUCUCCAGCCGAGCAGCAAGUACCAGAUGCAGGAGUCAGGACACCGGCGCACCCUCACUAUCCGCUGCCUUGGCCAUGCCGACCGUGGCACCUACCGCUGUGAGAGCCUGCACGACCGCACGCAGGCCAGGCUCUGUGUGGAGCCUCAGAAGGUGUCGAUCCGGAUGCCGCUGACAGAUGUGGAGACCUUUGAGAAGGAAACGGCCACCUUCCACCUGGAGCUGUCUCACCCCGGUGUGCCCGGGGUCUGGACGCGGGAUGGCAUCCGAGUGAAGCCCAGUGGCACAUGCCGAAUCAGCGCCACGGGCUGCGGACACAGCCUGACGCUGGAGGGGUUGGCACUGCAGGACUCGGGCACCAUCACCUUCACAGCUGACACUCUACGCUGCAGCGCCCGUCUGCUUGUGCGGGAGCCUCCAGUCACUAUGGUGAGGGUCCCACAGGAUAUGGGAGUCACGGAGAUGGGGGUUGCCAGCUUCGAGUGUGAGCUGUCUCGCCCCAGUGUGGAGGUGAAGUGGUUCAAGGACGGGCAGGAACUGCGGCCAGGGCCCCGCUGCCGCAUCUACUCCGUGGGUCGGCGCCGUGUCCUGCAGCUGAGCCGCUGCGAGCUGGCUGACGCUGGUGCCUACACCUGCGAUGCAGGCGACUGCCAGGCCUCCGCCACGCUGCACGUCCAGGAGCGCCAGGUCUGCAUCAUGAAGGACCUGCAGGAUGCCUGCGUGCGGGAGGGUGACAACGCCGUCUUCACCUGCGAGGUGUCGCAUGAGGAUGUGAAGGGCGAGUGGUUCCGGGAGGGGGAGAAAAUCAAGGUCUCCAGCACAGUGAAGAUACGGCAAGAAGGUACCCGGCAUUUCCUGCUACUCUGCGGUGUGUGCCCCGAGGAUGCGGGAUUCAUCCGCUUCACUGCUGGGAUGGCUGGCUCAGAGGCCAGCCUGCAGGUGGAAGCGCUGCCCAUCCGGAUCGUGAAGCCACUGCGGGACAAGACUGUGCUGGCACGGCACAAGGCGACGCUGGAGUGCACAGUAUCCCACGCCCGGGGCCGGGUGCGCUGGCUCCGUGGGGACACUGAAAUCUUUGCCGGUGACAAGUACGAGAUCUGCAACCUGGACUGUUACCGCACGCUCAUCAUCCACCGCGUGGGCCCCGAGGAUGAGGACUCAUACACCUGCGAUGCCUUUGAUGAUCGUUCCACCGCGCGGCUCCUGGUGGAGGGGAGGUAGGAGCCAGGAUGUGUUGCUCAGGGGCUGCACAGAGGCAGAUGAACGCCACUGCUGGGAGAUGGGGUCAUGCUUUCCCUCGGAUGUACAGACACAUGGACACCAUUCCCAGCCUGCUCUGGCCUCAAGGCUCUGCAUUAAACAGCAUUUUUUUUUUCUCA